AUGGCUACCCCUAGUGUCCUAGCUUUUGACGCUGAGGGUCGCGCCAUUGAUUUUGAGGUCUGGCUAGACGACCUGCAGCUGUUCUUACAGUGCGACAGAGCUGACGACCUUUCUCUCUUUGACCUCACCUCUGGCGCCUCUCCUGCUCCUGCUACUGAUGCUGAUCCCGCUGUCCGCUCUAAGUGGGCCACCCGCGAUGCUGCUGCACGUCUUGCUGUGCGUCGCCACCUCCCUACCUCUGAGCGUGCGCACUUCAGUCAGUACAAGAGUGCUCAGACCUUGUACGACGCUGUAGUUACGCGCUACUCCUCCCCUGCCACUGCUGCACUGAGCCUCGCGCGCCUCCCUGACUCCCUUCGAGUCGUCAGGGACCACUUUCUCGCAGUCUGCCCCACCACGCUCACCGUCGACCUCCUCGAGAAGGCCCUCCUCGCAGCGGAGAAGAGCAUAGUCGCUGUAGGUGCUUCUCGUGGUGACCCUCGCACCCCCAUCUUUGAGGGGUGCUCUCCUUCCCCCUUGCUGCCCUCUGUUGCCUCUGCUGCUGCUGCCGACCUGCUUGGUCUUGAGUUGGUCGGCGCGGCGUCUGCCCCUAGUGGGAGACGUCGCUCCAGCAAGGGCAAGGGGGGCAAGGGCGCGGGUGGAGCUGGAGGGGGCGGUGGCGGUGGCGGCGGUGGCGGCGGAGGGAGUGGGGGUGGCGGCGGGACUAGUGGCGGGGGUGGUGGUGGUGGUGGCAGCAGCGGCGGAGACAGUAGUGGUGGUGCCAGCGGUGGUGGUGGAGGCAGCGGCGGAGGUGGAGGCGGCGGAGGUGGAGGCGGUGGAGGCGGCGGCGGAGGAGGCAGUGGUGGUGGAGGGGGUGGAGCUGGUCGGGGUGGUACCCAGCAGCGUAGCGGCGGUGGUGGUGGCCAGCGCUCGCAGCGGCAGCAGCAGCAGCGCUCUCGGGACAUCCCUUCGCCUCAGCAGCUUCGUGAGUGGUACGCUGGGCGUCAGAGGGGUGGGGGUACUGGUCCCUGCACCUACGUUCUUCGUUCCGGCGACCGCGCGGGUGAGCAGUGUGGGGGUACCCACGCCACCCAGCGCUGCUUUGGCCGCCUGACGGACGCCUGGCGUCAGCAGUUCCCUGGGGCUAGUGAGAUCCCUCGCUGGGAUGAGCUUCUCAGGGCUGGUGUAGCGAUCUUUGAUCUUGAUUUUGAUGCUAUCCUUACUGCUAUGUAUGUUGUGGAUUAUAGUGAGGAGAAUGAGGGUUACCGUUGUUUCCAGCCCGACCCGGGCAUUGGUACUGCUGCGCUAGGUACUGCGUCGUCCUCGUCCUCCCUCACUUUCACACUUGACUCCGGAGCUUCUCGCUCCUUCUUUCGAGACCGCACUACCCUUACGCCGCUCGGCCGGCCGGUUGCAGUCUCCCUUGCUGACCCCUCUGGAGGUCCUGUCCUGUCUCACUUCUCCACUGUCCUCCCGUGUCCGGCUGCCCCUUCGGGCACCCUGUCGGGUCUGUACCUUCCCUCGUUCUCCACGAACUUGGUGAGUGGAGCGGACCUGCAGGAUGGGGGUGUUCACCAGUUCACUCCUGCGAGUCAGCGGGUGACCCACUGCACGGAGGCACGCACAGGCCGACACCUGGCCACGUUCUCGCGUCGGCCGGGGUCGAGUCUCUACACCCUGACCGUUGAGUCUCCUCCUGUCCCUGCGUCUGGUCAGGUGGCUGCGUCGGGUCAGGUACUUGCUGCUGCGUCCCGGUCAGGUCCUGAGUCUGCCCCCUGUUCUUGUCGCCUCCUGUCUCACGAGACUCUCCUGUGGCACCACCGUCUUGGCCACCCCUCCUUGCCCCGUCUUCGGAGCAUGGCUUCCCGUGUCCUUGUCUCUGGUCUUCCCCAGUCUCUCCCUCCUCUCCCCUCCGGGCCAGGACCUUCCUGUGUCCCCUGUGUCGAGGGUCGCCUCCGGGCUACUCCUCACUCCUCCCACUUCCCCCCGACAGAGGCUCCCCUGCAGACGCUUCACAUGGAUGUGUGGGGCCCAGCCCCCGUCCGUGGGCAGGGUUACGAGCGCUACUUCCUGUUGGUGGUUGACGACUACUCGCGUUACACCACAGUCCUCCCCUUGCGCAGCAAGGGUGAGGUCACUGAGGUGCUGAUCGACUGGAUCCGCGAGGCUCGUCUCCAGCUCAGGAGGAGCUUCGGCUCAGACUUUCCUGUUCUGCGUCUGCACUCGGACAGAGGCGGAGAGUUCUCUUCUCGCCUUCUGCGAGACUACUGUCGUGCACGGGGGAUCCGCCAGACCUUCACGCUUCCGGACUCACCACAGCAAAAUGGGAUUGCUGAGCGCCGCAUUGGCAUGGUCAUGGAUGUCGCUCGUACGUCCAUGAUGCAUGCGGCUGCCCCCCAUUUUCUGUGGCCGUUUGCAGUGAGGUACGCGGCGCAUCAGCUCAACCUUCACCCCCGGGUCUCUCGGCCUGCGAUGUCCCCAGCCUUGCUGUGGACGGGGAAGGUUGGCGAUGCGUCUGUGUUCCGUGUCUGGGGAUCUCGGACGUUUGUCCGCGACUUGUCUGCGGACAAGCUGUCCCCUCGUGCUGCUCCCUGUGUCUUCCUUGGCUUCCCCACUGACGCCCCAGGGUGGCAGUUUUACCACCCCUCCUCUCGUCGUGUUCUGUCCUCCCAGGACGUCACGUUCGACGAGUCAGUCCCCUUCUACCGUCUCUUCCCCUACCGCACUCCUUCCCUCCCCCCUCCCCCGGACUUCCUUGUGCCGGUUCCCCCCCCGGUAGACCCCCUCCCCCCUCAGGUUCCUGCCCCCUCAGGUGUGUCCCAGGUAGACGCCGUUGACCCGGUCGAGGUUACUGGUGACUCUGGUGCUGCUGCGGGUGCUGAGCCUGGGGGUGCUGACUCUGGGGGUGCUGUGCGCGGGGGUGCUGAGCCUGGGGGUGCUACUGCUGGGGGUGCUGGGCCUGAGGGUGCUACUGCGGAGGGUGCGGAGCCUGAGGGUGCUGAGCCGGGGGGUGCUGUGCCUGGGGGUGCGGGGUCUGGGGGUGCUGGGUCGGGAGCUACUGAGCCUGGAGGUGCUGAGCUGGGAGCUGCUGAGCCUGGGGGUGCUGCGUCUGGAGCUGCUGCGCCUGGGGUUUCUCCUGCUGCUGCGUCUCGCCGGGAGCCCCUCUCUCCACAGGAGCUGCGCGAGUGGUUCGCUCGCCGCUGGAGACGUGCUGCUGAGUCUGGAGGUGCUGCUGGAGCUGGAGCUGGAGCUUCUUCGACCGUCGUGGGUGCGGGUGCUGCCGGUCCCGGGGCUGCUGGACCUGCGGGUCCUCCUGGAGCUGGAGCUGCUGAGGGCGCUGGUGCUGAGCCUACUGCUGUUGGUCCUGCCACUGGAGGUGUGGGUGGCGCUGGUGCUGUCGCUGAGGGUGCUGGUGCAGACCCUGCUGCGUCUGGAGCUGCCGCGCGGCCUCGGCCGUACUUCGUUCCGCUCUUGCAGCAGGUUCUUGGUCUUUCUCCUCCGGUAGGGGGUCCACCACCUGUCCAGUCGCAGUCCCUGCUGGAGCCUUCCUCUCCACUGCCUGCUCCCUCUCCUUACAUUGGUCCUACUGGAGGUCUUGCUGAGCGUCGUGAGCCUGCGUCUCGUCCCGCGUCGCCUGUUCGUGCUGCUCGCGCUAGUGGUCGCAGUUCGCGUCAGCGUCCUCCUCCUGUCCCUGGCACGCACCGGAUGUCUUUGCGUCCGUCCACUGCUCCUCUGCGUGCCCCUUUGCCUUCUCCUCGUGAGUCCUCUCUUCCUGCGCUUGCCGACCCUGAGUCGGACUCUCUUCGUGCUGCCAGUCCUACUGUCACGCGUCUGCUUGCUACUGUCGUCACUGACCCCUCUUUUGAGUCCACUGCUGCGUCUGCUCUAGUCGCUGAGCUCGUCGACUUUGCUGCUCGCUGUCGUCUCGACUACGCUGCUAGUCUUGUUGCUGAGUCUGCGUCUGUCUGUCCUCCGUCCGUCGGGGGUGAGUGUGCUCUUAGCACGGACGUCCUAGAGGACAGGCAGGAGGAGUUACAGUGUCUAGCGGCUGCUUCACCUCAUCUCGCGUCUGUACUGCUUGCCCCUGAGGGAGACCCGGAUGCACUAGACAUCCCGACUCCGCGUUCUUACGCGGAGGCCGUAGAGGGUCCCUACUCCUCUCAGUGGCAGGCAGCUAUGGAUGCAGAGAUGGCUUCCUGGAAGUCCACAGGCACCUACGUUGACGCGGUUCCCCCUCCUGGGGCGAACAUCGUCAGUGGCAUGUGGAUCUUCAGGGUGAAGCGGCCGCCGGGCUCUCCACCUGUCUUCAAGGCACGGUACGUUGCUCGUGGCUUCAGUCAGCGGCAGGGAGUUGACUACUUUCAGACCUUCUCUCCCACCCCGAAGAUGACUACUCUUCGGGUGCUGCUGCACAUAGCCGCUCAGCGCGACUACGAGCUUCACUCUCUCGACUUCAGCACUGCGUUCUUGCAGGGUAGCCUGCACGAGGAGAUCUGGCUUCGCCGUCCACCUGGCUUCACUGGGACUUUCCCUCCUGGCACCCAGUGGAGCCUCCGACGGCCAGUCUACGGUCUCCGCCAGGCACCGCGUGAGUGGCACGACACACUGAGGACUACGCUUGCGGCUCUUGGGUUUGCUCCUUCUACUGCUGACCCGUCGCUGUUUCUUCGCACCGACACUUCCCUGCCACCGUUCUACAUCCUCGUGUACGUCGACGACUUGGUCUUUGCCACAGCGGACACUGCUGGACUCGCCUACGUGAAGUCCGAGCUGCUGAAGAGACACACGUGCACAGACCUGGGUGAACUGCGCAGCUACCUUGGCUUGCAGAUCACUCGGGACAGAGCACGCCGCACCAUUACCUUGACUCAGUCACACAUGGUGCAGCAGGUCCUUCAGCGCUUCGGCUUCACGUACUCCUCGCCUCAGGCCACUCCUCUGCCUACUCGCCACUCACUCUCAGCUCUGCCUUCGGAUGAGUCCGUAGAGUCGAGUGGUCCGUAUGCAGAGCUUGUUGGCUGCCUCAUGUACCUGAUGACCUGCACACGACCUGACCUUGCAUACCCUCUGAGCAUUCUUGCACGCUAUGUUGCUCCUGGGAGACACAGACCGGAGCACAUGGCUGCAGCGAAGAGGGUAUUGCGCUACCUGUGCAGUACGUCGGGCAUGGGGCUAGUGCUUGGAGGGCGGAGUCCAGUGGUCCUUACCGGCCACGCGGACGCUUCUUGGGCUGACGACCAGGCUACGCAGCGGUCGUCACAGGGUUACACCUUCAGCCUUGGUUCCGGCUCUGUCUCGUGGCGGUCUACUCGCUCGUCUUCGGUUCUCGGCUCCAGUUGUGAGGCUGAGAUCUACGCCGGGGCCAUGGCUGCACAGGAGCUUCGCUGGCUCACCUACCUGCUGACUGACCUUGGAGAGCCGCCUCGUUCUCCUCCAGUGCUGUACGUAGACAACAAGGCUAUGCUGGCCUUGUGUCGAGAGCAGCGCUUGGAGCACAGAACGAAACACAUUGCUCUCCGCUACUUCCUUGCUCGUGAGCUGCAGCAGCGUGGUCAGUUGCGACUUGCGUACGUGGCCUCUGAGGCCAACACUGCUGAUGUGUUCACCAAGGCACUCGCUCCUUGUGACCAUCAGCGCUUUUGCACCCAGCUGGGUCUUGUGCCUGUCUUGCCUCACUUGCUCUCCUCUUGA